CGAAUUUCUAGUAGUGUCGGCAUUAUUAUCAUCACCAUCACUUGUUUCUAUUUGUGACAAAUCCUUCAUCAAACCUUCUACUCUCACCCCUUCUACACUUAGAUUUUACAAGCUAUCUUUCGUCGAUCAAUCCUUCAGUAAUAUGUAUAUUCCUGUGGCCUUUUUUUACCCUAAACCGCAAAGAGAAGAGUCAAACAAUUCUCAACUUUCCCAUAUAGCUGAUUUGUUGCAGACAUCUCUGUCACAAACUCUAGUCUCUUACUAUCCUUACGCUGGAAUAUUGAGAGACAAUGCUACUGUUGAGUGUAAUGACAUGGGAGCUGAGUUCUUGAGUGUUAAAAUAAAUUGUCCUAUGUCUGAAAUCCUUAACCAUCCUCAUGCAACUGAUGCAGAGAGUAUAGUUUUUCCAAAGGACUUGCCUUGGAAGAAUAAUUAUGAAGGUGGUAAUUUACUUGUGGUUCAAUUAAGUAAGUUUGAUUGUGGGGGAAUAGCCAUUAGUGCAUGUUUAUCGCGCGAUGGUUGCUCUGUGAUUAAUUUUCUUAAUCAUUGGGCUAAUGUCACUCGUGAUCGUAGAUUUGUAGUUCCUUCUCCUAGAUUUGUAGGUGAGUGCGUAAGACUCAUUUUUCCAACCGUCAAAUUGGAUGCUCUUCAAGCUAAGAUAGCAGUUGAAUCAGGAGUAGAGAACCCAACACGGGCUGAAGUUGUUAGUGCACUUCUUUACAAAUCUGCAACAAAGGCAGCAGCAUCAAGUUCUGCAAAUAUACAACCAUCUAAGUUGGUUCACUACUUAAAUGUACGUACUAUGAUCAAACCUCGUCUACCACGAAGUGCAAUUGGAAAUCUCUUAUCCAUGUUCUCCACAGCAGCUACGCAAGAUAUUGAGUUGCCAAGAUUAGUUCAUAAUCUAAGGAAGGAAGUUGAGGUAGCGUACAAGAAAGACCAAGUUGAUGAAAAUGAACUGGUCUUAGAAAUAGUAGAUUCCAUGAAAAAAGGAAAAUUACCAUUUGAAGAAAAAGAUGAAAAUUGUACUACUACUACUAUGUAUUUUUGCAGCAACCUUUGCAAAUUCCCAUUCUACAGUGUAGAUUUUGGAUGGGGAAAACCUGAAAGAGUGUAUCUAGGAACUGGUCCUUUCAAGAAUUUCUUCUUCUUGAAAGAUUACCAAACUGGGCGAGGCGUGGAGGCGCGAGUGAUGUUGCAGAAACAACAUAUGUCUGCAUUUGAAUGCGAUGAGGAACUCCUUGAGUUUGCCUCCUCCUCAGUUCCAAGUCUUUAAUUACGAGGAGUUUGAA